GGCGGGCGCUGACGCAAAAGAGGCGGCGCCACGGCCGGGCUCCGUGGCGGUUCGUGUGCGGCCUCAGGUUCCCCGCGAGGGCCGGACCCGGCCGGGUGGGUGGGGAGUGUGGUUGAGAACCUGGCGGCCGCCGAGAGAGAGAAGAUUAUAAUCAGGACAGAGCCAUUUCACCAAUGCUUAGCAGUUGACUUCUGACACUUAAAUACCUUUUUGCACCAACAUCUUCACUGGGAGGAAUCCACCAAAAGUUAAGAGGAGAGGACACUUACAUGCACCAUGGCUAUUCCAAUAACAGUGCUUGAUUGCGAUCUCUUGCUGUAUGGUCGAGGUCACCGCACCUUGGACAGAUUUAAGCUGGGCGAUGUGACUGACGAAUACUUGAUGUCCAUGUAUGGGUUUCCUCGACAGUUCAUCUAUUACUUGGUGGAGCUCUUGGGAGCCAGUCUUUCUAGACCUACUCAGAGAUCCAGGGCUAUUAGCCCUGAGACACAGAUCCUUGCAGCAUUGGGCUUCUAUACCUCGGGUUCCUUCCAGACUCGAAUGGGAGAUGCAAUUGGAAUCAGCCAGGCCUCUAUGAGCCGUUGUGUUGCCAAUGUCACAGAAGCGCUUGUGGAAAGAGCCUCCCAGUUCAUUCACUUUCCAGCUGAUGAAGCCUCCAUGCAGGCUCUGAAGGACGAAUUCUAUGGGUUGGCAGGGAUGCCCGGGGUGGUAGGGGUGGUAGAUUGCAUACAUGUGGCUAUCAAGGCACCGAAUGCCGAAGACCUCUCAUAUGUGAACCGCAAAGGCCUGCAUUCAUUGAACUGCCUGAUGGUGUGUGACAUCAGAGGGGCACUGCUGACCGUGGAGACAAGCUGGCCAGGCAGCCUCCAGGACUGUGCUGUACUGCAGCAGUCUUCCUUAAGUACUCAGUUUGAAGCUGGAAUGCACAAAGAUAGCUGGCUGCUUGGCGACAGUUCCUUCUUUCUUCGUACCUGGCUCAUGACCCCAUUUCAUAUGCCUGAAACCCCAGCUGAAUAUGGCUAUAACAGAGCCCAUGCUGCCACUCACAGCGUGAUUGAGAAGACUUUCCGAACCCUCUGCUCGCGAUUCCGCUGCCUGGAUGGAUCCAAGGGGGCCCUGCAGUAUUCACCGGAGAAGUCCAGCCACAUCAUCUUGGCUUGUUGUGUCCUCCACAACAUCUCCCUGGAGCAUGGGAUGGAUGUUUGGUCCUCUCCAAUGACAGGACCCAUGGAACAACCCCCUGAGGAAGAGUAUGAGCACAUGGAGUCCCUGGACCUAGAGGCUGACCGAAUCCGUCAGGAGUUGCUGCUCACUCAUUUUAGCUAAUGUGCAAGGUGGGGUGGGGGGACCUUCUCCCUCACCACUGCCUACGCUGCUCCAUUAUCUAAUCUGGGGUAUGUGGGGGGGGGGGAUCCUGCCAGAAUGCCAGAAUGCCUUGAUGAACAUACAAACCUAAACCAAAAACCAAGUGUUACCUCUUAUCCACUGAACUCCAGUUGAGUGCUACUCGUUUUAUUUUUUUUAAAUAAAGAGGGGAGCAGGAGAUAGACAGCGAAGGAGACAAAAGAGACUGAGAGACACCUGCAGCCCUGCUUCACCUCCUGUGAAGUUUUCCCCUUGCAGGUGGGGACUAGGGACUUGAACUUGAGUCCUUGUGCACUGUAAUGUGUGCGCUUAACCAGGUGGGCCACUUCCUGGCCCCCGGGCACCAUGCAUUUGAAAGCUUGCUGGUUGCGGACACUGGUGAUUGUGCCUACAGAGUAGAAGAAGCAAAGGUGGCAUCAAGCCAGAACACAUUUUUGUUUGUUUGUUUUUGUUUCAAUGAUCUGGAGAUUUCAAAUGGAAAUAUUAUUCAUUUGCCCUGAAUUUAUCUGGACGUCAUUUAAGCUUUUCUAAAAUAAAUAAAUAAAAUUUUAAAACAUAAUUCCACUUUGAAGAGUAGAUUUAAGUUGGGGAAUGGCCUGAUAUAUGAAAAGGGUUACUUGGCGACUGAGAGCCAGCACACCUGGUUAAGCACACACACGACAGUGCACAAGGACACAGGUUUAAGCGCCAAGAGGUAAAACAGUGCUGCAGACUUCGCUGUCUUCCUCUCUGUUUCCUCCUUCUCGAUAUAUUUCUCAUGCAGGCACCAAGACCCAGUGAUAAUCCUGGUGGAAAAAAAGGAAUGAAAGAAAAACUUUUGCAUGGUAUUAUAUUGUCUUUAAGAUCCUGCAGUUUUGUAUUAUGUAGGAGUGAGAGGCUAAGUGGGUUUAAGAACUCAAUCAGCUUAAAGAAGAAGAGAUUAGAUAGCAAGUUUACUAGGGCUUCAAAGACCACGGUAGAUUAAAGGGCAAAGGAGAUUCGCCCAGGUCUAAACAACACAAGCCUGAAUACCCAUCUCUUUUUUUUUUUUUUUCGGUUCUUGGAACUUAUGCACACACAAUCCCACACUGCUCUUGGGCUGACUUUAGAAUGUUUAACCAUUCUCCUGUGAAAUUCCUCAUACAGAGGUCAAGAUUUAGACAAUAAGGAAGGUGUGUGGGGCAGACUCAAUAAUAUAAUGAGUGGUCCAGGAGGUGCUAUAGUAGAUAAAGCAUUGGAUUCCAGCAUGAAAUCUUGAGUUCAGUCCCUGGCAGCACAUGUACCAGAGUGAUAUCUUUUUUUUUUUUUUUUAAGAUUUGAUUUAUUGAUGAGAAAGAUAGGAGAGAGAAAGA